CUAGUCUUCCGAGGAUGCUCGCCGACUAGUGUCUCACUUGUUUUCUAUUGCAUUUGCAAUGUUAUCCUGCAGCGAAAGCGCCAGCCUAUUGUAAUCGGACAGUUGGUGUUGUUUUCUUGGUGAGAGAAGAUUUUUUGAGAAAAAUUAUAUAUAGUGGAAUUAGAAUUUGAAGAAAUGGCGACGACGCUGGCGAGAGCCUGCUGUUCCACCAGCUUUGGCUUGCUGGACCCCGCGUCGCUUGUCGAUUCUCCGCGCUUAUUGAGCUCCCGUGUAUCGUUUCUGGGAACGCCAGUGAAGCUUAAUGGACGGCUGGCUUCGUAUCAAGGUGCAUCUGAACAUGGAGGUUUCCUCCACACCAGGAGAGUCAGUCAGAGGCUCCAGGUAUCAGCAGCAGUCAAGGAGGUGACUGGAUCCUUAGUGAAGGGCGCAGGUCUUCGAUUUGGCGUGGUAGUUGGUCGCUUCAAUGAAAUCAUAACUAAGCCUCUGCUGGCGGGAGCUCUCGAUGCAUUCUACAAACAUCAAGUGCGGGAAGAGGAUAUAGACGUGACAUGGGUGCCAGGAAGCUUUGAAAUUCCGGUGGUUGCUCAGCAGCUGGCAAUGUCAAAGAAGUACCAUGCAAUCCUGUGCAUCGGAGCUGUGGUCAGGGGCGCCACCACUCAUUAUGACGCUGUUGCUAACUCGGCAGCAUCAGGGAUUAUGUCUGCGAGUCUGAAAUCAAAUGUACCCUGCAUUUUUGGUGUGCUCACGACUGAGAACAUGGAGCAGGCCAUUGAUAGGGCAGGUGGAAAAGCUGGCAACAAGGGAGCUGAGGCUGCUAUCACCGCGCUUGAAAUGGCAUCCCUUAUUCAACAUCAUCUGGUUGACUGAACCAGUGAAUAUGCAUAGACAAAGAUUUCUAGAAAUGCGUCCUCACAAGUUUUUCGUCUGAUGAAAACUUAACUUUUUCCUUACACUCAACAGGGAUUAUCUGGUGAUACUUAUAUGACGAUUACUUUGAAUAUUAUAAUAAUUUAAGCGAUGUCAGCAAAGUCGUAGAUGAAGCUUCACCAUCUUCUCUUCAUGUGUAUGACAGUAAGCACAACUGCAUGGUAAACAUAAACAUUGGGUCUCACAAUACCAAAAUUUAACAAUAGAAUGACUGAAAUGUUCCACCA